UGCAAGUUGCAACCUUUGAAGCAACGUUAAAUAAAAGAACCAAGAUCCACACUCAUUCAAUCACAAUCUUCGAUGUUCUAUCUCCUCUCUCUCCCUCCAAUCCUCGCUUUUCUAUAAAAGGAGAGAGCACACAAAUCCAAAGAUUUCAUUAUUCAUCGCCUACUUCCACAACUCAUCCUCUUUUUCCUCCAUUUUUUUAAGUAAUUCACUACGACUCCACACUAUUUCUUAGUCUCUCACUCUCACCACUUCUCAGCUCGUGUUUUCAGCUUAAGCUUGUGGAUAAGAGUUCCUAGUGCAGAUAGAUUGAAUGUUGUGAUCCAAAAUGGGUUCACAUAGUGCUGUUCUACUCCAAGUGUUCAUAGUCCUUUGCCUUGUUGUGUUCCAAAGUUCUGCUGUUAAAGUAGAUGCUGAUCUAAACACAACCCUCACUGUAGAUGCUUCUGAUUCAUCUGGAAGUCCGAUACCGGACACCCUUUUGGGAAUAUUCUUUGAGGAGAUAAAUCAUGCUGGUGCCGGGGGAUUGUGGGCAGAGCUCGUAAGCAACAGAGGAUUUGAAGCUGGUGGACCUAAUACUCCAUCAAAUAUUGAUCCCUGGGCAAUUAUUGGAAAUGUAUCAUAUAUAAAUGUUGAAACUGAUCGUACCUCCCUGUUCGAUCGCAAUAAGAUUGCACUUCGGUUGGAGGUGUUAUGUGACACAACAGGUGACAAUAUCUGCCCAACUGGCGGAGUUGGUGUCUAUAACCCUGGUUUCUGGGGCAUGAAUAUCGAGCAAGGGAAGAAAUACAAAGUGGUCUUCUAUGUUCGUUCAACAGGAUCAAUCAACUUAUUAGUGUCAUUCACCGGAUCAAAUGGUUUGGGAAACCUGGCUUCAGCUGAGAUUACAGGUUCUGCUUCUGACGUUUCAAACUGGACAAAGGUAGAGACCAUAUUGGAGGCCAAGGCAACAGAUCACAAUGCAAGACUUCAAUUAACAACAACCACAAAAGGUGUGAUAUGGUUGGACCAAGUGUCAGCUAUGCCCCAGGACACAUAUAAGGGACAUGGUUUCCGGAGUGACCUUUUUGGAAUGCUAGCAAAUAUGAAACCAAGAUUUAUCAGAUUUCCAGGUGGUUGUUUUGUUGAAGGAGAAUGGUUAAGAAAUGCGUUUCGAUGGAAAGAAAGUGUUGGACCAUGGGAGGAGAGACCUGGCCACUUUGGUGAUGUUUGGAUGUAUUGGACUGAUGAUGGACUCGGCUAUUUUGAGUUUCUUCAACUAGCAGAGGAUUUGGGUGCAGCACCAAUUUGGGUGUUUAAUAAUGGUAUCAGCCAUCAAGAUCAAGUUGAUACAACUGCCGUUUUACCUUUCGUCCAAGUAUAUUAUUUCACUGUUCUCUUCUCUUUUCCCUAUUAUUUUUUUCUCCCUGCAAGAGGUGAUGCCACUUCAAAAUGGGGUUCCCUUAGAGCUUCUAUGGGACACCCAGAGCCAUUUGAUCUAAAAUAUGUUGCUGUUGGAAACGAGGAUUGUAACAAAAAGAACUAUAGAGGAAACUACCUGAAAUUCUAUAGUGCCAUAAGAAGUGCUUAUCCAGAUAUCCAAAUCAUUUCUAAUUGUGAUGCUUCUUCUCAACCAUUGAAUCAUCCAGCUGAUCUAUAUGAUUAUCAUCUUUAUACAAAUGCCAAGGACAUGUUUUCCAGAGCAACUGCAUUUGACCGUACAUCUCGUAGUGGACCAAAGGCUUUUGUAAGUGAGUAUGCUGUGACUGGAUCCGAUGCCGGGACAGGAAGCCUUAAGGCGGCUCUAGCUGAAGCUGGUUUCCUUAUUGGACUAGAAAGGAACAGUGAUGUUGUCCACAUGAUUAGCUAUGCUCCACUUUUUGUGAAUACAAACGAUAGGAGGUGGAACCCGGAUGCAAUUGUAUUCAACUCCUAUCAGUUCUAUGGAACUCCUAGCUACUGGGUGCAACUAUUCUUCUCGGAGUCAAGUGGAGCAACACUUCUUAAGGCAUCGCUUCAGUCGACGCUAUCUAAUUCACUUGUUGCUUCAGCAAUUACUUGGAAAAAUCCUGUAGAUGGGAACAAUUAUAUACGGAUAAAGGUUGUGAACUUCAACGUCAACGGAGUAGACCUUCACAUCUCUUUUAAUGGAUUGGACCCAAACACAGUGCAGUUGUCCGGUUCAACCAAGACUGUGCUUACAUCUUCAAGUUUAACCGAUGAGAAUUCCUUCUCACAACCAAAGAAGGUGGUGCCAAUCCAGAGUCUACUUCAAAGUGUUGGAAGGGAAGUGAAUGUUGUAGUGCCCCCAUAUUCCUUCACAUCAUUUGAUUUUCUGAAGCAGUCCACUAAUCUGGAGAUUAUAAGGACUGAUUCCUCUUCAAGGGCUUCUAUUUAGUAAAGUCACACACGAAAGAAUUAAAAUAAAUUAAUUAAUUAAAGAAAGGAAGAAAGAGAAGAGGAUGAGAGCGGGGUUGGUAUAUGCUAUAUAGCUACCAAGUGCUGCAAGGUUGGAAUCACUUGCUACUCUAAUCUGUAAUGUAACUAAAUAAUUUAUGGUGUAAAUAAUAUUCAUCUGGUUUCAAGUUUCAUAUGAUUUCAGAACUGUA